GGUCAGGUUGGGCCUGGAGGUCCCGUGAGGGGAUUUGUGGAUCUGACCCGCCCUAAGGGUGGUCCAUAUUGACUAGUUAUUUCAAUGGGAGCAGAUCCGGCUGGGUGGGGCCCUUCCUGUUACCGCAGGUGUUCGAGUGUGCGCCUGUGACCUUGUGGGCGUGAAGGGGAGUGUCAGUGUGCCAGCCCUGGGUUCUGUCUCUUGACUAUCCACGUGUGAGUGAGGGCCUGUGUGUCCAGGCUGUGUUGAGGGUGAGUGUGGCUGAGUGUGUCCGUGUAGCCUUGUGUGCCUGUGUCCAGUCUGUGGGUCAGUGGAUCGGAAGUGGCUGUGGGUUGGGGAAGGUGUGGUGUGCAGGCUGUUUGUGUGUAUGUUUCUCUGUGUGUGCUUGAAUGUGUCCGUGUACGGGUUGUUUCCACUUCCUGAAUUAAGAUACGCAUGUGUGUGCUGCGUGUACAGAUGGCGGGUCUGUGUAUGCGCGUCUGGGUCUGUCUCUCUGUAGGGCUGUGUGUCCGAGUGCAGUGUCCGCCUUACUGUAUCCCUGUGUCCCUCUGUCCGUGUGUCUACUGGCCAGGCUGCGUGUGUGCAGGUCCGUGUUCCAGUCCGGGUCCAGGUCUGCGUGUCCAGCAGGGGUCCUGGCCGUGUCGUCCCCACCUCCACCUCGCGCCUGUCCGUUUGUCCGCGCGUCCUCCCGGGGAGGAGCGGGGCGGAGGGGAAGGGAUGGGGAGAGGAGGGGGUCUCUCCACCCACCCCCACUCUCUCAGUCCCGGGAUCGAACCUUAUUUAGAGUCGCGAUUCGACAUCUGUUUUCAAAUUUGAUCAGCUCUGAACUUUAUUUUCCGAGUUUGAGGAAAAUUAUAUUCCAUCGAUCGCGCCCCCGCCCCCUCCCCCGCGCCGCCGCCGCCGCCUCCAUAUAUCUGCGCGCCGAGCCCGGCCGGGCGGCCGCGAGGGCGGGAGGCGCGCGGCGCGCAGAGGAGGAGCGGAGGGAGGAGGAGGAAGAGGAGGAAGAGGAGGAGGCCGCAGAAGGCAGGGCCGCCCCACGCCCCCAGCCGGCCCGGCGGUCCCCGGCGCGCGCCCGGCCGCGCUCGCCGCGCUGCGCUCUCGUCCGAAGCUCCGGCCCAGGCUCUCCGCGUCUUCGCUCUUUGCGCGUCUGUCUCGCUGUCUCUCUCCCUCUCUGCACCUCCCCGUCUCUGCUCGUCCCCCUGUGUCUCUCUCCUUGGCUGUCUCUCAGUCUCUGAGUCUCUCCCGUCCCGGCGUCUCCCUCUCCGCGUCCUCCGGGUCUCUGCCUCCCCGGGGCUCCGGGCAUCCCCCCACCCCGCCCCUCGCCCCGGUGCCCCCUCCCCAGCACGCCGCGGGGGCCAUGGCUGCGGGAUCCGAACUUUAAACACUUCUCCCCGGACCGGAGCGGAUGCGCAAAGCCGAGAAAGGCCGGCUCCGCCAUGGACUGUAGCUGCGUCUCCGACCUUCUCUUCACCCCGCCCGCCCUGCCGGCUCUCUGGACCCCCGGGUUUGCCUUCCCGGAUUGGGCCUAUAAGCCGGAGUCAUCCCCUGGCUCGAGGCAGAUCCAGCUGUGGCACUUUAUCCUGGAGCUGCUGCAGAAGGAGGAGUACCAGGGUGUUAUUGCCUGGCAGGGAGACUAUGGAGAAUUCGUCAUCAAGGACCCUGACGAGGUGGCCCGACUGUGGGGCAUUCGCAAAUGCAAGCCCCACAUGAAUUACGACAAGCUGAGCCGGGCCCUGCGUUACUACUAUAACAAGCGGAUUCUCCACAAGACCAAAGGGAAGAGGUUCACCUACAAGUUCAACUUCAGCAAAGUUGUGCUUGUUAAUUACCCGCUGCUGGAUGUGGCGGCAGCUGCCACCGGCUCCCCACUCUUGCUGACCCCCAGUCCCUUCUGUGGGGCCCCAGGGCCAGAUGCUUCUCCACUCACCCCUGAGGUGAGUCUGGGUACUGGGGUCCUGGAACCAAGGCAUUUGGUGCCCACUCUGGGGCGGGGACCGUCUGAACAGGGCUGCUUCUCCCGCUCUCUCUCUAGACCCUACAGACCCUGUUCUCUGCCCCACGCCUGGGAGAGCCAGGGGCCCGGACACCCCUGUUCACCUCUGAGACGGAUAAACUGCGUUUGGACAGCCCUUUCCCGUUCCUGGGCUCUGGUGCCACCGGCUAUUCCAAGCCCCCUGGCCUGCUGGGUCCUUAUGGCCGCGCCUUCCCUGAGUACCCCUGGAACUUUAACCCAUACCUUACAGGCCCCUUCCCCAAGCUGCCUCCCUCUCUCUACCCCCCACAUUUCUAUCCCAACCCUCUGGCCAGUUCCCUGGGCCACCUGCCCUCAGCAGGGGCAGCGGGAGGCCCCACAGCCACACCCCUGCUGGCCUCGACAGGGGAGGGCCUGGGCCCUGAGCGCCCCUCAGGCCUGGCAGCGGCCCCCCGCUUGGCACUGCCAGGGGCUGGGGGUCCAGAGGCUGCCCUUGGUGGAAAGGAGGACAGCGACUCAGAGCUGGAGAUCACCGACGUCAGCGGCUGCAGCUCUGACAGUGAGGGCGAUGAGGGCCUUCCAGUGCCCCCCAAGGCAAAGGCGGGCAAAGGGGGAACUGGCAGCUGAGCUGGCAGGGGGCGAUGGAUUCCACUGAGGCAGGGACCAGGGCGGCUGACCGUCUGCCUUUGAUGCCCGGCCCCAGCAUAGGGGUCUCACUUCCCCUCCAGAGAGAGAGGGAAUGUGAUGGCUUCCAGCCUCCUCCCCAGGCUCCAGUUUGAGGGGGGUCCCCGCCUGGCCCCACUUCUAAAGUGCAAUAUGGCGCCCAGCCUGCCCUGCCCACCCACCCCUGUGCUGUACCCCGCGUAUUUGUGUGGCCGUGUCUCCAACCCCCUGUGCUGACCCUAGUCCUGACAACCCCCCCGCCACCCCUGCCUAGGCCCCCCUGGGGACAGGGAGCUCAGAGCAAUAACCCCGCCCCUAGCCCCCACCCAGGAGGGGCCCCCUCCCCACCAGCUCCCCAUGAUCCCAACAGUCCCCUCCAGAGAGUUUACUACAGAAAUAAAAGGAGAGAGAGAGACUUGGGGUGCUCAGUGCUGAGCGUGAGGGGUCAGGGUGGGAGCUGGAGGGUGGUGUCAGGGAGAUGCCUCAUACCCAGUGUGUGCUCGGAGUGCCUGGGGAGUAACUGUUCA